GCACAGCUUAUGUGAGCAGUGCUCCUUGAAACUGCCCGCAUGUGGGUGAGAGCCCUAGAUGUCGCAAACUUCCGACCCCACCGCCCCACUGCUCUCGAGUAUUGGCGAAAUCGAGGCUGGCACUUCAAGGGCGAACUCCCCUGCCCGCAAACCUGGCUUGGCUCGGCCCAGCUUCAGCGCGCCCAUUGCGCUGCUCGCGCAGCAUAAGAAGACGCCGGAACAGCUAGAGAGGUUGCUGAAUGGCACCAGCAGGAGCCGGCGGGCCGCGCUCGAGGACUACUACCUGGCGCAGAACGAGCAUAUCGACUCACUGCUGGGGACGCAAGCCAUCCACAGGGGCCUCUACUCCAACGACCGCGAGGAGGAGGAUGCGGCGGUGGCGCGCGCGUUGAACCUGUCGUUUGCCGCCAACUGCGUGCUGCUGGCGGUGCGGGUGGGGAUCGCGGUGGUGUCGGGCUCGCUGUCGCUCUACACGGCCACCAUCGAUGCCGUGCUGGAUGUCAUCUCCUCUGCCAUGCUGUACUACACGUCCUGGCAGUCCAAGCGGGAGAACAAGUACUUGUAUCCGGUUGGGAAGGAGCGCAUGGAGCCGCUGGGCGUCAUUGUCUUCUCCACCUGCAUGGCCACGGCCUGCAUCAGUGUGAUCCUCGAGUCGGUCAAGGCGCUCAUCAGCCCGCCACAAGACGAGGGCCUGCCCACGCAACAGCUGUGGCUCAUCUCCGGCGCCACUGUGUUUGUGGUGGUGAUGAAGCUCGCGCUGUUCCUCUUCUGCCGCGGCAACCGCAACCCCGCGGUGCGGGCGUUUGCGUUAGACCACCUGAACGAUGUGCUGGUCAACGGGGUGGGCCUGGCGGGUGCCUUGCUGGGCGCCCGCGUCGCGGCCUUCUGGGACCCAACCAUCGCCAUACUGCUGUCGCUCUGGGUGGUGUGGGCCUGGGGCAGCCAGGCGCGGGAGCACAUUCUCAACCUGGUGGGGCUGUCGGCGCCGCCCGAGCUGCUGCAAAAGCUGACGUACCUGGCCUUCUACCACGACCAGCGCGUGCACCAGAUCGACACCGUGCGAGCCUUCAGCUACGGCUCAACAUUCAUUGCGGAAAUCGACAUCGUACUGCCGGAAGACAUGCGGCUCAAAGAAGCUCACGACAUAGGCGAGGCGCUGCAGUUCAAGCUGGAGAUGCUGCCAGAGGUGGCGCGGGCGUAUGUGCACCUCGAUUACGAGACGACGCAUGCCCCAGAGCACUGAUGCGCCCGCUGCAUGACACACACAUGUAACAACCUCUGUCUC